AUGGCAAAGAUUAAAACACCAACUUUAUUAGUACAUGGACAUGCUGCUAGUGGAAUUUUUUAUCAUAGAGAUUUUGAACAACUAUCACAAAAUUUCCAAAAAUUAUAUGCUAUUGAUUUCCCAGAUAUUGGUCUAUCCGACCGUAAACCGUUAAAGAUAGAACCGACAACAACUACAACCUCUAUAAAGAAAUUAGAAAAUGGUGACUUACAAUAUUCAAUAAUUCAAGAUAAUGCCAAAAUUGCAAAAUCAAUAAAUAAAGUGGAAGACUACUACAUAGAAUCAAUGGAACAAUGGCGUCAAGAACACAACUUUUCUCAAAUGAACAUAGUGGCUCAUUCAUUCGGUGGGUAUAUCUCUUUUAAAUACUGUUUGAAAUAUCCACAACAUGUUAAGAAAUUGAUCCUAGUUUCACCAGGUGGUGUUGAACGCAGUAUUUUUUCAAUUCAUAAUUCACAAACCAAAGGAAUAGUUAUACCUGAUCCAAGCUCUUCACAUUAUUAUAGAAAUCCAUUUUUACCUCCAAUAGUUACAAAAUAUGGUUUCAAAUUAUUGAAAAUGUUGGGUCCUUUAGGGAUUAGAUUGAUUUCAAAAUAUUUAAGUAUAAGAUUCAGUAGAGGUGUUAAACCAGGUCAUGAAGAACAAGUUAAAGAUUUAUUACAAUAUACUAUGAAUCUUUUCUAUCAAGAUAAUAAUUCAUUUGAUGCUUUGAAAGUUUUACUUAAUGCUCAAUUAUUAGCGCCUAGUCCAAUUCUAGAUAAUUUGAAUCAGCUAAAGAACCCUGUUUAUUUUAUGUAUGGUCAGCAUGAUUGGAUGAAUUCAAAUGCAGGACUAGCUGCUACAAAUGAAUUACAAAGAGUUUAUAAAAGUGCCAAAUUUGGUAUAAUUAAAGAUGCUGGUCAUAAUGUGUUCCUAGACAAUCCUGACGAUUUCGAUAAAGAAGUUAUAAACUACUUACGAGAGGAAUAG